CCGUCGCGACAGUUUCGCGACAGUCGGUGAAAAAACAGCGAAGUGUCAAGGUGUCGGAAUAAUUCCCGAGUUCGUUGAGAAAAUCUUUUUUCUUUUCUCUCGUUGAAGAUUUACGUCGCGACAACUCGAUGAAGAAAUUUCUCAUACUCAUCGCGGGACUAUUCCUGCUAGCGGGAUUCGUUCGGGCCGAGGAUGAAGUCGACGAGGAUGUCGGUACCGUGGAGAACGAUCUCGGCGCCAGCCGCGAGGCAUCACGAACAGAUCAUGAAACAGUACAAAGAGAAGAAGAAGCGAUAAAGAUUGAUGGUUUAAAUACAGCUCAGAUAAAGGAAUUGAGGGAAAAGUCUGAGAAAUUUGCGUUUCAAACUGAGGUCAAUCGCAUGAUGAAACUCAUUAUCAAUUCUCUCUAUCGCAACAAGGAGAUCUAUCUCAGGGAAUUGAUCUCAAAUGCAUCUGAUGCUCUUGACAAAAUCAGGCUGUUGUCUCUUACCGAUAAAAAUGUUCUGGAUACAAACAAUGAAUUGGCUAUCAGAAUAAAAGCUGACAAGGAAAACAAAAUAUUGCAUAUAAUGGAUUCUGGUAUCGGCAUGACAAAGCAAGAUCUGGUGAACAACCUUGGAACCAUUGCAAAGUCUGGUACGGCAGAAUUCUUGGGAAAAAUGCAAGAUGUUUCAAGCUCUCAGGAUAUGAACGAUAUGAUUGGUCAGUUUGGUGUGGGCUUUUAUUCCGCAUAUUUGGUUGCGAAUGUCGUUGUUGUUACCACCAAGCACAAUGAUGACAAGCAAUACAUAUGGGAGUCUGACAGUAGUAAUUAUAGCAUUGUGGAAGAUCCGCGCGGAGAUACUUUAAAGAGAGGGACGACUAUUAGCUUACAUUUGAAGGAAGAAGCAUCGGACUUCCUAGAACCAGAUACGAUAAGGAACUUGGUGAAGAAAUACUCGCAGUUCAUCAAUUUCCCUAUAUACUUGUGGAAUAGCAAAGUCAUGCAGGUCGACGCGGAAGAUGUGGAGGAGGAUAAAUCCAAAGAGGAUGAUGCUAUCGAAGACAAGACCGACGAAGAUGACGCAAAGGUGGAGGAAGAUACGGAUGAGAAGAAGCCCAAAAAAGUGGAAAAGACUGUAUGGGACUGGGAAUUGUUGAACGACUCGAAGCCAAUCUGGACGUUGAAACCAAGCGAGGUCGAAGAGAAAGAAUACAACGAGUUUUAUAAGACGCUCACCAAGGACAAUCAGGAACCUCUGGCAAAGAUACACUUUGUCGCGGAGGGCGAGGUCACAUUCAAAUCCGUUCUAUUCAUCCCGAAGGUCCAACCAAGCGACAGCUUCAAUCGUUACGGCACCAAGUCCGAUAACAUCAAGCUAUACGUCAGACGUGUCUUCAUCACUGACAAAUUCACCGACAUGAUGCCGAAUUACUUGUCCUUCAUUCGUGGUAUUGUGGAUAGCGACGAUCUACCGCUUAAUGUUUCGCGUGAGAAUCUUCAACAACAUAAGUUGAUCAAGGUCAUCAAGAAAAAACUCAUCAGGAAAGUGUUGGACAUGAUUAAAAAGCUCGACAAAGAGGAUUUCCAGAAAUUCUGGAAAGAGUACAGCACGAACAUCAAGCUGGGCGUGAUCGAGGACGCGCAGAAUCGCGCGAGACUGUCCAAACUUCUGCAGUUCCAAUCGUCCACGCAGAAAGAGUUGACUUUCCUAGCCGAUUAUGUAUCCCGCAUGAAGCCCAAUCAGCAAUACAUCUAUUAUGUCGCCGGGGCAUCUGAGGAAGAGGUGCAGAAAUCGCCGUUUGUCGAGCGACUGAGCAAAAAGGGCUACGAGGUAUUGUAUCUGACCGAGGCGGUGGACGAGUACGCGAUUUCGGGCUUGCCCGAGUUUGAAGGUAAGAAGUUCCAAAACGUGGCGAAGGAGGGAUUCACGCUCGACGAGGGCGAAAAGGCAAAAGAACGAAUGGAGCAGCUUAAAACAACGUUUGAACCCUUGACCAAGUGGCUGACCGACCUUCUAAAGGAUCAUUACGUCAACAUAGUGCAAGUAUCUGAGCGUCUAACUGACUCGCCCUGCGUCCUGGUCGCUAGCAUGUUUGGCUGGACCGGUAAUAUGGAGCGACUGGCUAUCUCGAACGCACAUCAGAAAGCUGACGAUCCACAGAAGGCCUACUACCUGAACCAGAAGAAGACUCUGGAAAUCAACCCGAGGCAUCCACUCAUCAGAGAACUGUUGCGCCGAAUCGAGGUUGACAUAUCCGAUCUGACGGCGAAAGACACCGCGAUGAUGAUGUUCCGUACAGCAACCUUGCGAUCGGGCUACAUGCUACGGGAUACCGUCAGCUUCGCGGAUAGCGUGGAGCAGCUGAUGAGAAAGAGCCUUGGCAUCUCCCUCGACGAAGUACCUGAAGAGGAAGAGGCGCAGGAGGAAGAAACGGCGAGCAACGACGCCGAGAAGUCGGACAACAUCGAUGCCGAUGAUGAGAAAAACGAAUUGCACGAAGAAUUGUAAUAAUAAGAGAGCGCUACAUAUGAAAGCGAUAUUUGAAAGACUUAAUAUUUUAGAAACGUAGCUAUACAAUGUAUAGUUACCCCAAGUUUCCUCGAGGAUGCGACCUCUUUCGCGUCGCCAGUCUAUAAACAAUUUAGAUAUAUACAACAUUUGAUAAGUAUGUUAAUUCAAUCUGGUAUCCUGGAAAAUUUCCGUAGCUAUCAUCGUUGUCAAAAUGUGCAAGAGACGUAAUGUAUCAAAAAUUUUUUUUUUUUUUUUGUACAAAACGCCGUUAAUCGCGAUAUACAUACUUUUUUGUUUUUGUUGAAUCAUAUCUCUGUCAUCGAUAUCAACGAAAAAUUGUAUAUUUUAAAGUGGUUUAAUUUAUUACUUUCAUUUGAUCUUCCAUACAUAAACUUUUAAAGUAACGUGAAAAGAGCACUGACUGAGCGUUACUGACGUAUGGUAUGUUUGUGAUGUAUGUGUGAAUGUAUUUGUACAUGAGAUAUUAUGCAAAUUAUAUUAAAAUGAUAUAUAUCUAUAUACUAUAUUGAUGCGACAUCACAGUUUGUAUAUCAUAUCCAUCUUCAAAUCCUGAGAUAAGGAUAAAGAUCUUGAGAAUGAUCAGUGAAAGACAAAUGUUAUUCGUUAACAUUUACGAUUUAACAAUUACAAGUUCGCAAAUAGUGCAAGAAAAGAUAGCAUUAAAUGCACACUAACGAGAAGUAAAACAUGCCAAUUAUUUACAUGUUUAAAAGAAUGAAAGAAAUAAUAAAACUUUUUCUAUGCAUUAUUA